AUGUCUCGAGAUCUAAGCGAGUGUCUGAAUCAGAUCAAACAAUCUGGGGAAUCCAUAUCCACCUUAUAUUUCAAACCUCCUGGCAUCUUUCACAACGCUAUCGUGUCAGACUCGUCGGUAUCUUAUGCCGACGUAAUCACAAACAUAAUCCGUGAUGGGGAUGCCCGGGAAGAGGUAUCACUUUACAAAAUCGAUCAAAACGGGUUACCUCGGCGGAAGGACGACAAAAUAGGAGUUUUCGAUUUUCUGACAGAACACGAGCAGAACUUGAAACGCAACCGCCGUUUGGGGGAUGUUGAACAAACGCCAAUUAUUCACGUUCCCAAGAGCUUCUACCUUAAGCAGCAUGAGCAAGACGCUGCCCGUGGUCGCAAACAACAAAUGUACGUAUUCGAUGGACUGAAUGCGGAAGGGGUUUUCGAAGUGCUACUCAAGAAAUUUGAAGGCGAUGAGCAGAUACAAAAUCUGCUCGUUGCAUUACAGAAUGGGACUGUGGUUACAGAAAGCAACGGAAAAGGCGACGAUGAGCAAGAAAGCCGCAGAAAGACCCUUUUUGUCGAAGACUUUCCCGUGGAGCUAGUUUUCAGAGUUUUCAACGAAAUCGUCACCCGUUGGCCAAUCUCCGAGUAUCAAAAGGGCUAUUCCGAUCUUCUGCAGCACUACAAUGAAAUAGGAACCGAGAUACAACAGCUCAGGGCCCAGAUACAGGAACAAGAGACCCAGUUGCAAGAUAUGAAAAUGAGUUCAGGAGUUGCUAGGUUGCUGCAAAAGGAACAGGAAGAGCUCUCUGAUUUACAGAAAAGACUCAAUGAGCUACAGGAGAGAUAA